CCCCCUCUCUGUCUCCCCUGAAAUUCUUGCUUUCUGAUACAUUUUGUUGGAUCCCUACGAACUCAAUCUCUCUGCACGUUCUCUCUACUCUCAUGCCUGGCAGGAUUCUCUCUCUCCUCUAACAGAAAAUCAGCAAGAAUGCAUAGUCUUAGCUUACUCAAACAAGAAUUCCUCAAGAAAUGGAUAAUUGGCCUUCAAAUAUAUAAAGCUUCAAAGGAGGACAUGAGCCUUUUGGAGAGAAAGAAGGCCAUAAAGCUAUCAGCAAACUUAGCCAUGGCUUCAACUCAAAAUCUGAGAACUCAUUGGAGUCGCACUCUAAUCGCAGAUGCUUCUAAAGAAGACAAUAAUAAGAUCCUUGUGGAGCAUAUAUUAGGCUCUGAUUCCAAGACCUUGAAAAAAAUUUCAACUUCAUUGACGUACAACAAGAGAGUUAGAAGCAAGAAGAUCUUGAAAAGAAGUUGCAGUCUUCAUAGAAGGAAGAAAAUAGCUCCUCAAGGUGUUAUGGCUAGUUCUAUUGCCAAGACCUUAGUGAAGAAAAGAACCCAAUUGCUGAGGAGUCUUGUUCCCGGAGGAGAAUUCAUAGAUGAAUUCUCUCUCAUCAGAGAAACCCUAGAUUACAUCCUUUCGCUCCGUGUUCAAGUUGAUGUAAUGCGGCAAGUUACUAAAGCUACUGAGCAUUUGAAUCGUAAUAAGGUGGUUAAUAAUUAGUUUUUGCUGUUGUUUUUUGUUAUUUCUUCUCUCCUGAAAAAGUUGAUCAUGAAGGAGAUAAAGCAGCUGGUAUAGUUGUAAAGGCAUGUAGAGAUGAACAAUAAUUAAGUCAGUCAUGUCCACUUUUAUAUCACCUUCUAAUUUUCUG